AUGGAAGUGGAAAAGUCGUACAUGCCGACCGAGAAGGAUUUGCGCCGCAUGACGGCGACGCACCUGAAACGGCUGUUCGCGACGCAGGACGUAUUUGGCGCCGGGGACAAGAACGUCGCGAGCACGCCUGUUCCCGAGCUCGACGAGAAGGAGAAGAGCACAGAGGGCGAAGCGACCGAGACGGCCACCACGGCCGGGGGCAGCACCGAGGUCGCCAGUGUUACCGACACGGCGCCGUCGUCGGCGCACGCCACGCCCGCCCUCGAGCCCGCGACGCACACGCCGCCCGUUGAUUCGCCCAUGGCGCUCGAGACGUCGUCUCCGCUGGACAGGGCUGCCGCUCCUAACGAGAGUGUCACGCCUACGCCUACGCUCUCCCGCGGGAACAGCGCCAAGCUCGAGCUCACCGCGACCCCGAUCGCGGACCGGAUCGCGCACAGCUAUGACAGCGACUCGACCGUGUCGGCCAUCAAGCGCUCACCGCUUGCUCGCUCACCGCAGAGGUCGUACCUGUACGAGUCAAGCGGGAUCGACAGCGACACGCUCGGCCCGCCUCGAUACCCCUCUCGUCUUCCCCGACGCGCUCACCCCACGCCCAGUGUCAGCGACCUGGUUCGCCGGUUCCAGGAGUCGAUUCACGAUACGGACAUGUUAAGCCCGGACGCACCGCCGGUCCACCGGGGGCUGAGGCGGAUCGAGUCCGAGGUCUCUGACAGUGAUGUCGCGCUCCCUUCCCGCCCCAAGUUACGCCGCAACCCGCCUAGCCGCCACCGCGAGCAAAAGUCGCUGACCUCUGACGGCGACAGGAGCUAUGCCGUGAACGCUGCGCGCAUCCCCAGCUCUGCCGGUCGCACGCGCACCCGCGGCACGAGCUCGCGCGCCACUUGA